AUAAAGAACCAAUUCCCUGUCUGUGCAAAAUUUUAGCUGGUGCUGUAUUCGAAUAUUACCCUAACGAAAACGUAGGGCUGGUUUCGUAUCUUAUUUGUGGCAGAGAACACAGACGGAAGGGCAUUGUUUCGUGUUUGCACGAGCAUGCUUUGAGUAUUAUAGAGUCACAAUCUGAAAAAAGAAAAAUUGUGGGGAGUACAAAAAAUUGUAUGUCUUUGCAGAAACAAACAAACAUUCAGUUGAAGAUGAAAUAAUGAGUUCUAAUCUAAGGCAUCGUGUUCUGCAAAGGUUAGGCUACUGUUUCGUAAGCACGCCUUAUAUUCAGCCUCCUUUAACCAAAGAAGAGGCUUGUCACGACUUAAUACUGCUGGUGCACGAAAGAUACGUGGAAAACUCUUACAUGCCGGCCUCUGCCAUCUUCCGUUUUGUUAACGAUUUUGCUCGAUCGAUUUACGGUUUUGAUGACUCACAAUUUUCGCAAAAAGACUUCAUGGUAAUGCUAAAGAGCCAACUGCCUAAGGAUGGGUGGGUUAAAGUAAAAAGGGAUAUGCCUUGGAAGCUAAACUAA